UUUUAUUCCGUAACCGUGAACGAUGAGCGCGAUCUAUUUCAUCUGAGUAUAACAGCACGUUACUAGGACGAAAAUCUAGUGUAUCUGAAAGAGUGCUGCGAUCAUUGGAAGUGAAAAUUGAAAAUGAUUGGCUGUAAUUUUCGAAGCAUUUUGCUGGGGAAAAUGACUUUUAUCAGCACUGGUGCAGAUUUUUACAGACUUUUACCAGCGCGAGCGAAAUUUUUUUCGAAUCACGAAUAGAUUUUUUUUUCAGAUUUCAAGCAGAUUUUUUCGGUUUUUCGAGCAGUUGCAGACAUUUUUCAAAAAUAUCUGGCAUCUCUGGGUGGUAUCGCAACGUCCCUACCUAUUGGCCCUGACGACUCUGUUGAUAUUGGUUUGGUUUUUACUUGCGAAAGUGAAGGGAGGAAAUAUUUUUGCUUUUGUUUUCACACAUAAAUUGACAAUUGCAUAUGAGAACUCGCGUAGGUGCGAACAGCCUUAAAAAUCUCUUUUACCUGUGUCAGGGCCAAUAGCAUAAAGCACUGCAGGGCUUGCUAAAGCCGAGUGACAAACAAGAAAAAAUAUGACGGGAUAUGUGUUAUAUCUUCCUAAAAGCUCGCAUUUAAGAGUAUACAUAGUUCGUCGUUUAAAUGUUGCUGCAACACUAUCUGCAAACUUUCAUGCACAUAGUACAGAUCGAAGGUUUCCUGAAAACCACAAUAAAUCAAGCCCGUUAACAAAUUUACCGGACUAUACAUUUUUAGAUGGAAGAGCAACCCCUUUAGGUGCCAAUCAGAAGAAACGGAUGCUAAAACAAUGCGAUUUAGCCAAUAGAAUUGUCACGCUCUCAAAAGAAAUGGAUUUUGCUGUAGAUCGUUACAACCGAAUUCAAGAAGAAAAGCUAGAUAACACGUUGCUAGACACUAAAUUCAAACAUAAGGGACAUUUGCUACUGUCAACGGAAACAGAAUGUUAAAUCCACUAUUAGAUCUACAAUAUACCUUUGCGUAGUCUAACUAUUUUAUUCAUAAA